UCACCUGACAGCACAGGAGGCCUCGCGCACUCUUGAAGCAUCCGAGCGAGCGCAUGAUUUCCCGCAAUAUCUCGAGGAUCCUCGAGGCAAUCGAGCGGGCGAGGGACGCUUUUGCUCGCCGAAGAUCGAGUCCACACCGUGAUCGAGUCAUGACAGCCAAGAAACGUAGAUGGUGGGUUCGACCAAGCUUGCGCUACCGAAAUCUGGAAGGACAGGCCAGUGCUUUGCUGCCUCGCCUGCGCGCCACAGACGAAAUUUACUUUCGAGACUUCCUGCGAAUGGCACCCAGCACAUUUGAUUCCUUGCUGGAACUCAUCCGUCCAGCGAUCGAACGUAAGGUGACGCCGUUCCGCGACCCGAUAUCAGCACACGACCGGCUUGUUAUCACCGUCAGAUUCCUUGCAAAUGGCGACACAUUCCGUAGUUCGUCUUUUAAUUUUUUGGUGGGCCGAUCAACAGCGGCUGGGAUUGUGAAGGAAACAUGCGCUGCAAUGUGGAACAUUCUGCAGCCCAUCUACGUGAAAUUUCCACAGGGGCCAACCGAAUGGAAAAAGAUUGCAGCAGAGAUAGAUUUACUCUGGAAUUUUCCUAAUUGUAUUGGUUGCAUUGAUGGAAAACAUGUCAACAUUGAGUGCCCCAGCAACUCAAGUGCAAGAAACCUAAACUAUAAGAAGACAUUUAGUACAGUUCUUAUGGCAGUAUGUGAUGCACGCUACAGCUUCACGUAUGUUGACAUCGGUCAUUAUGGCGGAGAGAGUGAUGGAGGGGUUUUUUCAAGGACGCCACUUUUCGGGGUUCUAGCUGACAGCGGAUAUGGCAUCCCUCCUCCUGCAAAUGUGGGCUCUGCAGGCCUGAUCCCCUACUUAAUGGUCGGGGAUGAGGCGUUUCCGCUGAAGCCCUUUCUCAUGAGGCCAUAUCCUGGGCGCGAGCUCCAAAGUUGCAGAAACAGGGAACCUGACCGGGAAGAGUACCUGAAAAUGGCCACCUUUAAUUACCGGCUGAGCCGUGCGAGACGGCUCAUAGAGAAUGCGUUUGGGAUCAUGGCCAGCAGGUGGCGAAUUCUACGAAGAGCAUUUCGAGCCUCGGAAGAAACAACAGAAAAUAUUGUGAAGGCGUGCGUGGCUUUGCACAACUUUCUGCUCAAGAAUUCUGCCAUGUCAAGGUCAGCGUACAAUCCUCCGGGUUAUGUGGACAGCGAGGACUGGCAGGGAAAUCUCACACAUGGGUCAUGGAGAAAUGACGACAGGGGGCUGCCGUUGAGGGACAUGGCGGGCCUGGGGUCCCACUCUCCCGGGUAAUUAUUCCAGCAGAUGGGCCGCGGGGAUAAAAAAGUGAUAUUUAGGUUUGCAAUUUCCUACUUGCGUGCAUUACCGAAAAUGCUAUGCCUGCUGACUUUUCAUUCCAUUGACAGACAUUGUGUAAUCUUGUACUUCAGGACUGCUUU